UGGCAAGAAUGGCGCCAAUGGGUCCUCUCGCUAGAUGAUGGGAGCCAACAGCUUCUGAGUUGACGAGCCAACCAAUGAUUCCAUUCAACCUGGAUGUUUAAUGAUGCGAUGGCGUUAAUGAGACGGAAGGCGUUUUUGUCACUUUUGGUUAUUUUAUGCAUUUGGGACAUAUUUGCCACAUGCCAUGUAAACAGCGAAACCACGUACACGAACCGUUUGUGUGGUCAUAAUAAUGGGAAUAUAUGUAUCUUUCGGUUAAGCGUGCUCAUUUCGCGAAUAGACCCCUUCGGUACUAUAUCCUGUAGCUCUCUGAUAUUGUGCACUGAAGUGCCCUGUGUGCUUGAUGUCCAGCUACUAAGUUUAACCCACUCCUAUUCACAGUACUAGACGUAAUGUGGGCUCAAUCUAGUUGAAGGAUUAAUCAAUCCAUCAAUCAACCAAUUACAUCAUUUGCUAUAGCUACUACCAGGUAUAAAAGAGAAUCGAAAGGAUCAAGACCGAAACAUCUUUCUUUCGUCACAAAAACCACACCAGAUAAUGAUCA